UGAGUGAUCAAUGUAGUGAACCACCGUAAAUUUUACAAUGCUGCACAAGGAGCAGCAGUCAGCCAAUAUGUUUUUUUCCGGUUGCUAUAGAUUGUCAUGGUUACCGGCUGCGUGCCGCUUAAACAGUUGGCAUCGAUACGUUGCCUAUUCCCGCACAAACACCUGCACCAGUAGAAGCCAAACCUUCAAAAGCGAUGGAACGGAGCUCAAACGAACGGCCGGCAACCGGGCGCUACGAUGGAAAAUCGCUCAUAUCGAAAUCGAUCCGUAACUCGUCCUGUACCAUCCCGAACGAGCUGCUGGAGUUUGACUACUCGUACGGAUACGACUGCAAGCGGUUCUUUAAUUUGUGCAAAAUCGCCGAAAACGUCCUGGUGUUUGCGUCGGGCAAUUUGAUACACUUCUUCGACGUAACGACGCACACCGUUACGACACGCCGCAGCUCGACCGGGGGCGGCAUCGGUUGCAUUACGACCAACCCGAGUGAGGAGUAUUGCCAUCUGACCGUGGGUGAGAAUGGCGUCGAUCCGCCCAUCAUCAUCUACCAGUAUCCUGAGAUGACGGUCGUUAACCUGCUGACGGGCGGUACAACGAGCGGCUACUCGCGCAUCGACUACACCGUGGAUGGUAAGCUGCUGAUUUCGCAGGGCAUCGAGCCCGACUACAUGCUGACGGUGUGGAACUGGCGCGAGGCGGAAAUCAUUCUCCGCUGCAAGUCGUUCUCGAACGAUGUGCUGAACGUGAUGUUCUCGCCGAGCGUCCCGGGGCACAUUACAACGUGCGGCCUUGGUCAUAUCAAAUUCUGGAAAAUGUCCAGCACCUUCACCGGAUUGAAGCUUCAGGGCGAACUGGGCCGCUUUGGCAAGACGGAGAUAUCGGACAUCGUAGGGAUUUUGCCACUGCCCGAUGAGAAAGUCCUGUCCGGCUGCCAGUGGGGCAAUGUGCUCGUGUGGGAAGCGGGUCUGAUUAAACUGGAAGUUUGCCGCAAGGGCCGCAAACCCUGCCACGAUGGGCCGAUCACGCAGAUCUUGAUGCGCGAGGGCGAAGUCAUGACGGCGGGCCUGGACGGUCGGAUAAGGAUCUGGUUCUGGGAGACGGUCGAGCUGGCCGAUCCACCGGACGACGAUCGAUUUGUGGAGAUCGAACCAAUAAUGGAGUUCCGCAUCGGAGCGGAGCUGAUGUGUUUGGUGCGCCGGCAGGGUGACUUCCAGUGGUACGCACAGGAUGGCAGCGGUGGGAUUUGGUUGUGCGAUUUAACCCCAGCGCAUCACACGGAACCACCGCAGCAGCUGUUCAAGUGUCACGCGGGAGAGAUUGUGGCCGUGCAGGCAAGCCCAGUGUCUAGCCACGUGGCCACACUCGGAGUGGACGGUAUGCUGUGCGUGUACGAUUACGCCAAGCGGGAGCUACUGCUGAGCCAUCGAUUCCAGUGUGCCGGACAGUCAAUGAUCUGGCUGCCGCCAACACUCGACCCGACCGGAGCCAUUCUUGUGCUAGGCUUUGCGGACGGGUUUCUACGAACGGUUGCCGUUAACCUGCACGAGGGACACCUUUCCUAUCCAGAAAACCGAGUCAAUCUCAUACAACUCCUCAAGCCACACUCGAAAACCAUCACGGCGCUGGGUUUAAACGCUCGGGAAACAAUCCUCGUGUCCGGCUCGGAAGAUCAAACCAUCUUCGUGCAUCGCUGUGUCCGAGCGAGUCCUCACGCGACGCUGGAACCCAUCGGGCUGGUCUACACCCCGUCCGCCGUCAGCACCAUUAGCUGGAAGCCGGACACAACCGCCACCGCACUGGUCGGCUGCCGGCACGGUCAGCUGCUCGAGGUGGAGCUGCCCGAAGCGCCCGUCGACUACACGACCAUCUCCUACCAUCUGCGGCACGUCGAGAUCCGGCAGCUCACCUUCCAGUCGGUGAAGUCGGAGAUCAAGCGCAAUCUGCGCGUGGCCGAGAUCGAGAAGCGCAAGCAGGAGAAGCGCGCCCGUAAGCUGCAAACGCUCGAGCGGAUGCGCAUCGGAAACCCGAAGGCGGAGAUCAACGAGGAAGCGUUUUUGGCCGACUCGGACGAGGAGGAAGAGCUGGAACCGCUGUACAUCCCGAAGGUGCCCAAUCCAGUGCUGUGGGCCCGGUACACCGACGAGGACACGCUGUGGCUGUCGAUGGGCGGGUACGAUGCAGGGUACGUGUACGAGUACGGGUUCGACGAUGAGGACCCGCUGUCCUGCACGCCCAUACCGGAGCUGGAGGAUGUCGAGCUGACGUGCUAUCUGCGAGACACAAACUACACCAUCUUCGGUACGGGCGACGGUGCGAUACGGGUGAAUCGAACCAAGCGGGACUUUCGCGACCUCAGCGACUACUGGACGUUGCCGAUGCACGAUAAUCGGACGGGCAAAGUGACGGCACUCGCCUUCAGCCACGACUAUGCGUACAUCUUCAGCGUUGGGGCGGACGGUAACCUGUUCGCGUACCGGUGGUUCGGUGAGGGUGAACCGUUCCAAGCCAUCCCUCCGAAACCGCUCGAAAAGGGUGUCAAGCGCGUGUUCGACAUCGACGAGCGUGACUAUCCUUCGCUGGAGGAGCAGAAGGCGCGCCAGGAACGGGACCGGCUGGCGAAGAUUGUUUCCGACCGCAAGGAGGCGGUGCUGCGCACCGUCGCCAGCCAUCGGAAGCGUUUCGAGGCUUUGCUGGAGCGUAACCGGGCCCUGCCGGAAGCGUUCCGCAUACCGGUGACGGACUUUGUGCUGGACGAGCGCAUCAUGGACGAUCUGCGGGAGCAGCUGGCGGCCGAGCUCGGGCUGGUCCAUCGCCGGAUGGCGUUCGAUGUGGAGAAGGUGCGCAUUGCGGCCGGCAAGCUGCAGCAGUUCUUCCUGGAGCCGCUGGAAAGCUACCCGAUCGAGGUGUUGGCAGUAAGAAGUGGACAGUCGGUGAAGAGUUUCCGUAUCGAAAAGCUGGACGAUGACUACUUUCAAACCGUGCAGCAGGUCGAGAAGUUGGUCGCAGAAGAGGCAGAACGUAGACGCCGCUUCAUUGAGUUGUGUAAAACUCCGGAGGAUAGAGCUCCCGAGACAACUUCCGCCAAGCGCAAGGAUCGCCGAAAGGACUCCCAAAUGCAGCGCAAAGAAUCGUUCCUCGAAGGCCUAUCGCAGUCGACGAUCGACUUUAAGCUCGAAAGCAAAAUGAGACGCCUGCUGGCGAAGUACCGCGAUCGCAAGAACCAAGAAACGAUACGCCAGCAAGAGUGGGAAGAACAUAAAGCCUCCAAGCCGGACCCGAACGCGAACGAUCCCGCCGACGAUUUGGCGAUCAAGGAGGCGGCCGGCUCGAUCGGUGACUACAAUCUCAAGAGCGAUCCCGACUACGAGCCGGCCGAGGAGCAGGUGGAAACGACCACCGGCAAGUACCACGAGCUGUUGCGCAUACGGCAGGAGAUGUUCACGUUGCGCCGAGACUACAACCGGCGGGUGUUUGCGCUGCGCGAGAAAAAGGUCGAGCUGAUGCGGUACAUAGCGAAGCAGCGGGCAAAGUUGGCAGCAAUCCACGAGGAGCUGCCGGCGGAAAAGCGCAAACAAUUCCCCCACGAUGUUACGCUAAACUUGAAGGUUGAGUACGCCGACGAUCAGUACAAGUUCGAAGAGGAUCGUCAAAAUCUGGCCGCUCUGGAGCAACGGGAUCGGAAGGCGCACCGGCAAAGCCACGACAUGAUACUGAAGGAAGUGCUCGGGCUGACGUUGCCCCCGGAGCAGCAGGCCACACUCACCCUAAGCAAGCACGAGCGGGAGUUGCGAGAGCUGCGCCUUAUCGGAAAGCUCUUCAAGCAGGACAAAAUCAUCGCCAAAGCGUCGGCGCGCAUCGAACGCUUCGACCGUGAGCUGGACCGGCUGGCCCAGGAGCGGCUGCAGGUGGACACCGAUGCGAAGCUGCUGGAAAACUUUCAGCUCACGCUCUACCAGGAGCUGUGGAUACUGAAGGACUUUAGCAAGAUCGAAACGGCCGUCCUGGACAGCGUGGAGCAGGUAACGAUCGAGCGGAACGGACUGCUGCAGGCCGUGCAGGACGCGCGGGUCGCGAUCGAGCAGGUCGAGCUGGAGAUGGAGCAGAUCCAGCGCGAGCAACGCUCGAACCUGCAGCGCUUCAACUCGAGCUGCCUCGACAACGACUACACCAAGGUGAUGAAGCGCAUCUACAAGAAGAAGUUUAAGCCGUGCAAAAUCAACGACAACGAGUCGGACUCGUCGUCCGAGUACUCGUCGGAAGACAUUGAGGGGCUGGAGAACGCGAACGAGGGCGAAGUGAGCAAGGUGUUUCUCGAUCUUAGCCACUGUCCGGCCGGCUGUAACCCGGAGCUGUACAACCUUGCCAUCCAGCUGCGCAACGAGAAGCUGGAGCUGCAGCGGCGCCACUACGGGGAGGAACGCUCCCUGAAGGAGAUGCACCGGCAGCUGGAAAACCUAAAGCCCAAGCUGGCGGAUGCGGAAACGCGCCUUAGCGAAAGGAAAAACGAACUGCUGGAGUUGCGGCGCGAGAAGCAGCGAAGACUCAACGAUAUCGACACGCUGAUCAUAGUGAAGAUGGAUCAGAUGCAGUACUUCCGCACCGAGACGGAGUUCCAGGACGUGGAGAACAGUUUGCUGUUCAAUCGGGAAGCGUUGCUGAAACUGUACGCGCGCGUCGAUCAGCUGGCGGCGGAAACGCUCGAAACCAAGCGCAAGCACCGGGUGAACGUGGUGCAUCUCGCGCGCAUGAAGACGGACAUCAAGUUCAUGCGGCAGCAGCUGGUAUCGCUCAAGGAGGAGAUCAACGAGACGAUGAUGAAGAAGUUUGGCCGCGUGAUCGAUCUGGACGAGCUGGAGGAGACAAUACUGCGCCAGUACACGUUCGAGAUGCGCGCCAACCUGGACGACGUGCGCAAGAGCUACGAGGAGCGUGCCCGGGAGCUGAAGAAACUGUACGCCAAAAAGCAGGAGGAGCUAAAGAAGGUCAUCCAGGAAGGCACCGAGAAGCUGCACAUCCUGACCGUCCUUCAAGAGGAGUACAACAACCUGGAGAAAGCACUCGCCCACCAGAAGCUGAUCCUAGAGCGUCGCAAGCAGCCACCGCCGACCUACUCGGAAGAUCUCAGCAAGCUGCGCGAAAUCGCCAAAAUCCAGAAGGAACAGAUCAACACCCUGCAGCGCGAGAUCCGCACGCUCAGCAUGAAGUGCAAGCCCCUCUCGGCCGAAAGCCCGGACGUGGAGGUUCAGAUACCACCGCCAGCGGUCUGCGGCAAACCGGUCCCGGUCGCCGACGAAUCCGUCUACAAUGCGGUGAUGGACUCGGCCCCGCCCAGCACCCGGGCCAGCUCGCCCGACAACUUCCUGUACAACGAAAUCUCCAGCCUGAUCGACGACUUCCUGGUGGAGCAGCUCGGUUCGCGCGUCCUGCAGUCCGACAUCAAGCGCGUCGUCAACCAUCUGGCCCACUAUCUGUCCAACAUCAUACACAACUUUGCGCCCGAGCACGCGAGCGAUCUGCUGCCGCACAUUAUCGAAAACUUCAAGUCCUUUAUACCGGAGGAGCUGCUCAUCACCAUACCGCCCCAGGCGAUUGCCGAGCUGAUCGAGAGCAUCUUCCGCACGUUCAAGGAGGGGUAUGACAUCGACACGAAGGAGAUACUGGGCGAAAUCGUCGGCAACAGUCUCGAGAUGAUCUUUCCCGCCUCGCAGAACUACUCGCACAACAUCCUGGUGGACAUUAUGAAGCAGGUGCUGGCGACGCUGCACAUCGCGGACGUGAACCAUCCGGAGACGAUCGCGUUCAUCGCGAACGGCAUCCGGCACAAGCCCGGCAUCGAUCCGGACGGCGUCAGCGUGGAGCUGAUGUGCGACGAGAUCGUCCAGUACGCGCAGGAGAACACGGUGGACGAGAUCGGGACCGAUCUGAUCCGGGGCGUUCUCGAGGGCAUUCUGCAGUGCGUCCGGGAGCAGUAGGAAGGGGGACGAACCUGGGUCCCAAUAGCUGCUCCUUCCCCCUCUAGGGUGAAGCAUCUCGAACCGAUUGUGUUUGCCUUGGAGAUUGAUGUGUGCAACGUGUGGUGUGGAGUACGAUAAUCGAAAGGUGUGCGGUGCGUGCUUUGGGUCCGCGCGUCCGACAGUGUGUGCCGGCGUGUGGUGUGGGCCCUUAGCGACAGCAGUACCAGCCCACACGGGUGGCCGAUGGGUCCCAUGCGAAACGAUUGUCAUGCGUCCGUGGCGUGCGCCCGCAACAAUGACGACAGCGUGGUGGUGGUGCUGCUGCUGCUGCCGCUGCUGUUAUCUAUCUUUCCCACCCGACAAUGGGGGCAGCCCAGCUGCACACGAGAGAUGCGUACGGCGUUAUCGUGUGGUGGUGGAAGUAAACAACCUUUUGCUAAAUCCAUUGCCAAACUCCCCCUUUUUUAUACAAGCCUCCAUCCCUCCUCUCAUUUUGAGCCAAAAAAUAUGGACAAUACAAGAAGAGAGAUUCGGCAUCGAUGUUCGAGGGAAGCAAAGAAGUCUUGUAAUACUUCCACCAUGCUUCCUACACAUUCUGAGAUCGGUUGGCCUCUAUCGGGUGGUUAAAUCUUUUCACUGCUACACUUAUCAGAUCACUACGAUAUAUUGUCCAGAAAGUCAUCCACCGUGCUCUCGCGAUUAACAGGCCUUAUCGCAGCGAAUGCUCCCCCAAAAAUAGCCUCACAUCGACAGAGAAUGAUGUUAGUCACCGGAAGUUUUUUCGAGGUAGGGUUUUUUUCUCCUGUCCCUCGCAUUGCUUCUUGACGUGUGGGAAUUUGCUAUGGUUGAUUGUGGCGAUAACAUCGCGAUUGUGGGUUAAGGAAAGUGUUUGGAAGUACGAUUAACGUGGAGAAAACGUGAUUUUAAGCCCUUUUUUGUUGGGCGGGGAAAUUUCAACUUUACGUGUUUUCCGCACUUGCAAGAUAAGAUUCGUACAGAAAAGAGGAAAUGUGAUGCAAUCAACUGAAAUGUGUUGCUAAUUCAUUUGUCUAAUCAUAUGUUUACGAGUUUUACGUGUUACUAAUCUUAAAAAUCAUGCAAACACACACACUGCUUAUCGGUACGUUUAAGUAGUCUACGGUGAGACCUUAACCGUUACGGAUUAAUUGCGCCUAACAGUAUGCAAUCGUGUGUCGAGUGAGCAGCAUCAUGCAGCUUUAUAACGUGUUUGCUUACUUUUUCAUACAAAAUUUGGUUAAAAAUCAGUUUCAAUAAGUACUACUACUCUCCUUAGUACAAGAUGAUACGUUUUAAGGCACAGAAUAAAAAUAAAAAAAUGACCCCGGCUCAUAAACAAACGUGCAUUUAAAUGGCAAAAAUAUCCUCAAGGACACGCCGCUCAGGCAACCUCGCCACUCCCACCGUGAUUUGUUUGCGCAAAUUUAUCACCUAUUCA